AAAUUCAAGAUGGCGGAAGGAGAGCAACAUGUCCACGGGAAGGAUGAAGCCUUUAGUCCUUUCUCCAUCAUGGCUAACAACAGCAUCAUUGAUUUCUGCCGGACAUCGUUAGCAUCCAUGGCGGGCAUAUCUGCUGGCAUUCUUGGUCUGACAGCUCUGAAAGGCUUCAUCUUUUAUUUUAUAGCCUCCCUCUUUAUGUCUAUUCUAAUCUGUCUUAAGGCUGGUACACAGUGGAGAAAAUUUUUCAUUUCUUGGUGGGAUCUGAGCACCUCUGGAAUCUUUGGAGGAGUAUUUACGUACUUACUGUUUUGGACGUUUUUGUAUGGAAUGGUUCAUGUGUAUUAGAUAAUCAUUCCACAGACGACCUACGAUAUUUGGAAGAUACACCCUCAGGUCUUGUUCGUUUAACACGCGAAAUGCGAUGGCGAAAGAAGAAAAGUUUCUCUUCCAAACUGUGAUGUGGACCUUCUUGUACAUGAAGACCGGGAAGAAUUACCUUCUCUUUUGUGUAAUGCUUUUACAUUCAAUCGUCAAACACUAAUAAUUGAUUAAUAUUAACUGACUCAAUUUUUGUGUGGAGCUUAUUUUUUUUUUCUUUUUCAAUAUUCGGACGCAGUCCGAGUUGUACCGGAGAUAGAAGUCUUGCGAAUGGUUUCUCAAGUCACCUUAAGUAUCACGUCUGUAAUCGAGGCUCCGCUAUUGUGCAUAAAUUUGCUAACAAAACUGUGCAUCGGAGCGCGGAAUCCGAAGGUCUGAGGUUCGAUUCCUCGUGGAGACUCAGAAUAUUUUCUUUGUCGUGCGCUCCUGAUAAGACUAAAAACAUCUUUCUCUAUUUUUUUACCGAGCGCAAAACUUACCAUCGUUCUUAUCCUAUUAACAAAAAACUGUGCUUGAUCUCAAUCGAGCCUCAGGGGAAUGGUAGAACAUACGUACAUAAGGCAUUUUUCGAUCGAAUGUCCUGAAAUCCACUCAAUCAGAACAAAGGAAUAUAUCACGAGGAGCCAGUGAGAACUCAAAGUGAAGACGCCUCCAAGGCGGGAAAACGCAGGUGACCAAGUGGCAUUUGAUUGGUGGAAAAUUGGUCGUGAGUUUUUUUUUUUGUUUGUUUUUUGUUUUGUUUUUUUUUUGACCAAUGACAGGGUGAAGAAAUUCAAAACCAAUGCAACACCGGAUUACUCUCGACACUUAUUUGAAAAAUUGCUUUUAUGGACGAGAGGGAGUGUGAAAAAGAUUUUUUUCCUGUUUAGCAUGUAAAAUUGAAGUUUCAAGUAACCUUGUAUGGAGACCAAAUUCAAUAGUACUCUGUCAAAGACGAAAUUUUCUCUGUAUCUAUACCUAUUAAAAAUAAAUUUGAAGAUCAGUAGAUGUGCUCUAUUUAUCCUGUGAUCGCUACAUAGGCUGUAAUGUGUGACUGAAAUUAAAAUACUGAGAAAGCGUUUGAUUAAACUGCUUUUAAGUUGUUGUUUUACA